AUAAAAGCUCGCAAACUCAACCCUUCUGGGUGGCCUCCAGCUCAAGCCCCCAAAAUGGUGGCCGAAACGAUCUCUUCUUCUCUCCUUCUGCUCAUCAUCUUCUACUUCUCUUCGCUAGCAGCAUCCCAAAUGACAACAGAGGAUGGAGAAAGGCAAACUCUCCUCCGAAUCAAGGAGGAUUGGAGAAACCCCUCGGUUCUCAGCUCUUGGAACGACUCCACCCCAACCAGCCACUGCAACUGGACCGGAAUCGAAUGCUCCGCUGAUGGCUUUGUGACGAACAUCGCACUCGUCGACCAAAACAUCACCCAACCCAUUCCCGCCGCCGUAUGCAAGCUGAAAAAUCUCUCCAUCCUCGACCUCGGUGACAACGACAUCACCGGCUCCUUUCCCACAUCCCUCUACAACUGCUCUAACCUCCUGCACCUCGACCUUUCCGGGAACAACUUCGUCGGCGUGAUCCCGUCCGAUAUCUACCGUCUCUCUCCCCAUCUCACUGACCUCAUCCUCUCAGGCAAUAACUUCACCGGAGACAUUCCCCCCUCCAUCGGCCGGCUCUUGGCUAUCGAAUAUCUUGAUCUCAGUUUCAACCUCUUCAACAUCUCCUUCCCAGCCGAGCUCGGCAACCUCUCAAACCUCCAAACCCUCUGGUUGGCGUAUAAUCCCUUCUCUCCGGCAACGAUCCCUCCAACUUUUCGCAAUUUGACUCAGCUGAGCGAGCUGUGGAUGCACCAAACUAAUUUGAAGGGCGAGAUCCCAGAAUUCAUCGGAGCGUUGACGGAGAUGACCUUUUUGGUUCUAUCAGAGAACUCCCUCAGUGAAAGCAUACCAGCCGGAAUCUGGAGUCUAAAGAAGUUGCGGUACCUUUAUUUAUAUGCAAACAACCUAACUGGACCGAUCAACAUCGACGAACCAAUUGGCGCCUUGGGGCUGGAAGGUAUCGACGUCUCGAUGAAUCAAUUAAAUGGAUCCAUCCCGGAGGAAUUCGGCAAACUUCAGAACCUCUCUUUUCUUUACAUGGUCAACAACCGGUUUUCCGGCGAGAUUCCGGCGAGCAUCGGCCUCCUCCCGGCGCUGACCUAUCUCUGGCUCUUCAACAACGGUCUGACUGGGGUCCUACCGGACAUAUUGCCAUCACAACUUACCCGGCUGAAUAUCCACAACAACCGAUUCUCCGGCACCCUACCGAGCAGGUUGCCAUCAGAGCUUGCGUGGCUGGACAUCAAGAACAACCGAUUCUCCGGCACCCUACCGGACAAAUUGCCAUCAAAACUUUCAUUGCUGGACAUAGAGAACAACCAAUUCUCCGGCAACAUUCCAUCAACGGCCGAAAGUUUGCGGGUCCUUAAAGCGGCCAACAACUUAUUAUCCGGUAAAAUUCCAGCUGUCUUGACUGAAAUCUCCGUACUAUCGGAGCUACAUCUCGGAGGGAACCAGAUCUCUGGCCAAAUCCCGCCAGGGAUAUCAGAGCUGAAAUUUCUGUGUGUUCUUAAUCUCAGCAGCAACCAUCUUGUUGGUGAGAUUCCUGCAGCAAUUGGGUCCUUACAGGAACUCAUCUCACUCGACCUAUCGAUUAACCAACUGUCCCACUCAAUUCCGCCAGAGAUCGGAGACCUCAAGCUCAAGACGCUCAACCUCUCGUCCAACCGGCUCUCUGGCGAGAUCCCGAUCUCAUUACAGGACGCAGCCUACAAUCGAAGCUUCCUCUCCAACCCCAGCCUCUGCGCUUCCAGUGAACUCUUGAACGUCCCCAUCUGCAAACAUGGCUUGCAAUGGAAGCUCCGUAUGAUGCUCAUCGUUCUUGCUUCACCCGUCUUCUUGAUGGCAACUGUCUUCGCUGUGUUCGCAAGAAGAGCGCGCCAUGGGAGAAGCAAGGGAAGAGUUCUACCCACGUGGAAGAUGAUGUCUUUCUAUCCGUUGGAUCUUAUGGAGUCCACCAUCCUGAGUGGGCUCACGGAGGACAACAUUAUCGGGAGAGGCGGGGGUGGAAAAGUAUAUCGGAUUGCGCUCGACAACCACGUCGCACAGAUCGUGGCAGUUAAAAAGAUCUGGAACAGUAGGAAGCUUGAUUCCCUAUUGGAGAAGGAGUUCCAAUCUGAGGUCCAAAUCCUAGGCUCAAUCCGGCAUGCUAAUAUUGUUAAACUACUUUGCUGCCUCUGGAGCAUCGAUAUGAAACUGCUGGUGUACGAGUACAUGGAGAAUGGAAGCCUGGAUCGGUGGCUUCGCAAGAAGCGGAGGGUGGGGGAGCAAAUCGAAGAGAUGAAUUCUGAUCACAUGCCUUUAUUAGAUUGGUCCACCAGGUUGCGGAUUGCUGUCGAUGUGGCACGAGGAUUGUGCUAUAUGCACCACGGUUGCUCCCCGCCUAUCGUGCACCGAGAGGUGAAGUCGAGUAACAUAUUAUUAGACUCGGAAUUUAGAGCCAAGGUGGCUGAUUUCGGUCUGGCUAGAAUGCUCGUCAAGUUUGGAGGGGACAACACGGUGUCGGCUGUAGCGGGAACAUUCGGUUACAUGGCUCCCGAAUGCGCAUACUCGAGAAAAAUAAAUGAGAAGAUGGAUGUGUACAGUUUUGGAGUGAUUCUUUUAGAACUAACCAUCGGAAAAAAAGCAAACGAUAAUGGAGAAUAUGGUAAUCUAGCAGAGUGGGCUUGGCGCUGCUUGCAGGAGGCUGACAAGAUGAUCGAUGCUAUAAAUCAAGACAUCAAAGACCCAAUAUAUGUAAAGGAGAUUGCAUUUGUCUUUAAAUUAGGAGUCAUGUGCACUGAUCCAUUGCCUUCGUCAAGACCUACAAUGAAGGAUGUACUUCAAAUCUUAUUAAAACGUCGACGUCAACAAGCUGUUGUAAAUGAUACUAUGGUGUGAAUGAAACAUAGCACUAGAGCUCCUACCAC